UCUGGUGCCUUACUAAAUCUUCUUCCAUCACCAUCCACAAACACAAUAUCCAAUCACACAUCAAAAUCUACACGCACGUCUCCACUGUAAUGGCAGAGAGUGUAGUUUCCUUUGUUUUAGAUCACUUAGCCCAGCUUGCCUCACGCGAAGCUAACUUACUGUAUGGCGUGGAGGACAGAGUCCAGUCUCUCCAGUACGAACUUCAAAUGAUCAAAGACCUCCUCAAUACCACAAAGAGAAAGAAGGGAAUAGAACAUACUGUAUUCAACCAAAUCAGAGAUGUGGCCCACUUAGCCGAGGAUGUCAUCGACACAUUCGUAGCCAAAGUUUCCAUUCACAAGAGGAGAACCAUUCUGGGGAGGAUGCUCCAUGGCUUUGGUCAAGCAAGGUUGAUCCACCACGUAGCCAAAAAAAUAGACAAGAUCAAAACCACUCUCAACGAGAUACGCGACAACAAGGACAAAUAUGAUGCUUUCAAAGAAACCAAUAAUCAAUCUGAAUCAGAAGAGGCGGAGGAGAAGGAAAGGUUGCAAUCGUUGCACAAGCUAAGAAAAGACGUGGAGGAAGAAGAUGUGGUUGGCUUUGUCCAGGACUCCACGGAUGUCGUCAAGCGACUCGAGGAAGGUGGUUCAAAUCGUAAAGUUGUCUCUAUUGUUGGCAUGGGGGGAUUGGGGAAGACCACCCUCGCCCGAAAGGUCUAUAAUAGCAACCAGGUGAAGAACCACUUCGAUUGUCGUGCAUGGGUUUAUGUCUCAAACGAGUGUAGAGUUGAUGAGCUUUUGCUUGGCCUUCUUAAGAAUUCGAUGCCAAAGUUUGAACAACAGCGCAGAGGCAACAAGAAAGUUAAGAAAAGCGCCAAAGACGUUAACAGCCUGAAUGAGGAGGAGCUGAAGAAACAUGUGUGGAACUGCUUGGAAAGGAAAAGGUAUCUUGUGGUGAUAGAUGACUUGUGGAAAGGGCGGGAUUGGGAUGAGGUGCAAGAUGCUUUUCCAGACAACAACAGAGGCAGCAGAAUAUUGAUCACUAGUCGUUUGAAAGAGGUGGCCUUGCAUGCUGGUGAUGAUGUUCCUCACUAUCUUCAAUUCUUGAGUGAAGAAGAAAGUUGGGAGUUGUUUUGCAGGAAAGUGUUUAGGGGUGAAGACUAUCCUUCUGAUUUGGAGCCUCUGGGAAAGCAAAUGGUUCAAAGUUGUCGUGGUUUGCCGCUCUCCAUCAUUUUUUUAGGAGGGCUGCUAGCCAAGAAGGAAAAGUCACAUAGAGAAUGGUCUAAAGUGGUAGGUCAUGUUAAUUGGUAUCUAACUAGAGAUGAGACCCAAGUGAAGGAUAUAGUUCUCAAGCUUAGCUACGACAACUUGCCAAGGAGACUAAAACCAUGUUUUCUCUAUCUUGGGUUAUUCCCUGAAGACUUUGAAAUACCUGUUAUUCCAUUAUUGCAAAAAUGGGUUGCAGAGGGCUAUAUACAAGAUACAGGAAAUAGAGACCCAGAUGAUGUUGCGGAAGACUACUUGUACGAGCUCAUCGAUCGCAGUUUGAUCCAGGUAACAAGAGUAAAUUUUAAUGGAGGUUUGAAGACAUGUCAGGUCCAUGAUCUUCUACGAGAUCUUUGCAUAGCAGAGAGCAAAGAUGGUAAAAUGUUUGAAGUUUGCACAGACAAUAACAUUUUAAUCCUUACCAAACCUCGCAGACUGUCCAUUCAUAGUGACAUGGGUCACUACAUUUCUUCAAGCGAUAAUGAUCACUCAUGCAUUCGUUCCUUGUUUUUCUGUGGGCCACGUUAUCAUGUUCGUAGGAGAGAGUGGGAAUGGCUUUUGGACAACUUCAAAUUGGUUCGAGUGUUAGAGUUUGGACCUAACAGGUGUCAAAAGAUCCCUUCCAAUUUAGGGAAUUUCAUCCACUUAAGGUACUUGAGAAUAGACUCAAAGCAUGCUAAAUUUGUUCCAGAUUCAAUACUCAACCUUUGGAAUCUACAAACCAUAGAUCUGGGUAUUUGGAGGUAUGACGUUCCAAUUUCUUUCCCUAUUCAAUUGUGGAAACUCAAAUAUUUAAGGCAUUUGAAUACACAAGGACCUAUCAAGUUGCGAGGAAGAUGUUCACCAUCCUCAUAUGAGAAGAUGUGGAAUCUUCAAACCAUCUCUCCCCUUAUACUCAAUGUGCAAGCAACGUUGCUAAUAGGGAAAGGAAUAUUCCCCAAUAUUAAGAGUAUGGGGUUGGAUGUGGAGGAUCAUGGUUAUGAAGAGUUAACGUUGUCAUGGAUUAAGUGCAUUACUGAUGAGGGGAUGAAUAGUCUCGCAAAUCACUCCAAACUCAAAUUUUUGAGACUUUUAGGAAAUCCACUUAAGUCGGAAGAUUCCAUUGACCUUAAUUGUGUCAGUGGCAGUUUCCCGCAGCUGGAAGUGUUGCAAAUGGAAUAUUUGAAACUUCGAAAGUGGGAAUUAGGCAAUGGUGCAUUGCGGAGGCUUCAAAAUGUGAUUAUCCAUGAUUGUCAAUCAUUAGAUAAUCUUCCAAAUGAAUUAUGUUCUUUGAAUCGAUUGAGAAAAGUGCAUAUAACGGACUCUCCUUCAAAACAAACGACUCAUAUCUUAAGAAUUUUGGAAACAAAUAAUGGAGUUCAAGUCGUUAUAGGAGAUUUUUCACCUUGGAAUGAUGACAUUUAUUCCAAACGACAUAUCUCAUUUUUUAUGUAUAAGGCAGCAGAAGAUUUUAUCCAAUUCAUAUCCCAGUCGUGAUUAUCUACAUCAAUAAUAUUAUUUA